AUGGUCAAAUGGGGAAUAUACUGGCUGGCCCCAGCGAAGAUGCUGUCUCUCUUCAUCGCAGGUAUCGCUCUAGCAGUAGGUCACCACUGCUACUAUCGAUCACUCGCAGGUACCAAGGUGAUGCCAACCGACAUUGCAGCAUCAGCGUGGGACAUCGAUCGUCAAGAAUGGAAGAUUCGGUUCGGGACCGCUUUUGCUUUCCUCGCAAAAACUUGCCUGGCGACUUCUAUCGCUAUCGCAUACACACAGCAUAUCUGGGCCACUUGCCGUGAGAAAGCAUACUCUAUCUCCGGUCUUGAUGCGAUGUUUAACGCUACAUCUGAUGUACUUGCGUUCGCAAGUGCUGACUUAACACUGAGGUCAAAAGUCGCCGCUUUGCUUGCGGCACUUGUCUGGCUGCUUCCUCUGUCGGCUCUGAUCACUCCCGCAACACUAACAAUAGUUCCCGUCCUAGUCAGCGACACAGUGUCCAGUCAAGUUCCGCAAAUAUACUUUCCGCCGGGCAGCGGUACCGGCUCUCCUGUGCUUGAUGCGGAGAGCAGCAAUAUCUAUCUGUGGAAUAGUAUGCCAUCAGCUUUGCUGACCAGGACUUCCAUGGCUGCUGCAUCCAGUAUGAGCAUCUUAUCGAUGCCGCCAGGGAUCCCAAACUCGACAUACAUUAUGAGCUUCAAUGGUCCGUCCCUGAAAUGCGAAGAACCAAAUCCUGAUUUGCGUGGCGCUAUUGACCAGGUUUCGCAAGCAUUUGAGCAGAGGGUCGGAGGCAACGUUGGAAGUGAAUCAGCGUACAUGGCUUUCACUCCAAAUUUUCUUGGUUAUGCCAAUUACUCCGGGAACACCACAGAUUUCGCGUCCUUCGCAGACGAAUGCAUCCUUGGUGGUGCCACUUGCACAUUCUUACCAGGAAAUCUGAACCUCGUUUACCAAAACGGAAGCAGAAACCUCGGACGCACCGACCCGCUCGUCAUCAGGCUUGCCAAAGAAGACUAUACUUGCGCAUUAAAAAACACUUCCUACAACGUUCAAUUCCACUCUUCGACAGAACAAACAUCACUAGAGCUUGUCUCUUUCAAUUCGCAGGACAUAGAUCCAUCCUACGACAUGACUUAUGGAGCCGUUGGCAUGGCGAUCGCAAACAUCCUGACCGGAACUUACUACUUCACCGCCAGCAGGGGCGGUGGCUAUCAAGAUGUCACGAUGAUGUAUCUCUUUUCUGCCAGAACUUCCAUCGGAGCUACCGCGCUGAUGGGACUGGUCAAUGAGGCACUAGAUCCACAGUUGCCCGGUCAAGGAAAUUAUGUAAAGCUCCCAGCCGCAGAUCUGGCCUUGACAAAGAACAAGACUCUUGGAGAAAUGGUCGAGGAACUUUCUAGGAAUGUGACGCUGAGCUUUUUUAGCGACACUAGACUGAGGUAA